GGGCUUGUCUUUACAUUCGAGGGGUGAAUAAUACAUCUCUCUUUUCGCUCUGAGGUCUUUAUUGUGUCUUCAUUGUUCCAAGGGCAUCCGUGAGCGACGCGGUGCGGCAGCGAUGUGCGCGUCUGACGGCUAGACGGAGCCAGAGGGAAGGAGCACGUCUCUGUUUCUGCCAGUCGACGAGUUUCCAGAGUUGUCGGUCGCGUUGAGGGUUCACGCGCUCUUCUGUAGCUCCUCUCGGUUCACCGCCUGGCUUUAGGAUGCGACGUCACGAGCUGCUCGCGCCUGACAGAUGUUGCUGCGCUGCAGUUGCACGGGCAUAGGUUUUCUUCGCUUGCUCUCUCGCUGUGGUUUUUCUCUUCUUCUUCUUCUUUUUUUUGGAGCUGGGGGGCGAUGAUUCUGCAAAACGGUUCGUGCGAUAGAUGCUAAGUCCUCGCUCCGCGCUCGGACAGAUCGCAACACUCAUUUAGUCUUCGGGAUUACAUAAAAUGAUACCUGGAUCUGCCGCAUCAAUGCUACCGUCUGCAGAAGCUGCGAAAUUGUACCAGACCAAUUACGUCCGCAACUCCAGCGUCAUCGGACUUUUAUGGGCCAUCUUCACGAUCCUGUUCGGUAUUGUAAACGUGAUCAUCUUCUCUCAGCCCUACUGGAUCGGGGAUGGCGUGGACACGCCGCAGGCCGGCUACUUCGGCCUUUUCCACUUUUGCGUCGGAGACGGCAUCGCCAGAGAACUGGCCUGCGAGGGUACCUUCACUGAGUUCGCCGACAUCCCCUCCACCGCGUUCAAGGCCGCCUCCUUCUUAAUCGGAAUGUCCAUGAUGCUGAUUGUCUCCUGCAUCGGCUGCUUCAGUCUCUUCUUCCUCCUCAGCACCUCCACCGUGUACAAGAUCUGCGGCUGGAUGCAAGCGGCAUCAGGUGUCUGUCUGGUGCUGGGUUGCAUGAUCUAUCCUGAUGGCUGGGACAGUGACGCGGUGCGGCGGAUGUGCGGAGAGCAGACAGACAAGUACAGCCUGGGAGCCUGCUCAGUGCGUUGGGCCUACAUCUUGGCUAUUAUGGGCAUCCUGGACGCUCUCAUCCUCUCCUUCCUGGCCUUUGUCCUGGGGAACCGGCAGGACGGACUCAUGACAGAAGAGCUGCUGGCUGAGAGCAAGGAGGCAGGCAACGCCUAACCAAAUCUUUAGGUUCCUGAAUUUCUGUUUUCAUGAAGUACGAGUCAACCCUCAACAUCAGCUUGGAGGAGGGAGACCAUCCAGGUCCGGGAAGGAGAGGAAUACCGUGGAAACAGCCAGCCUGCCUUUCACAUCUUCCUGCCAAAACCCCAGUGUAGCCUACCAUCAAAGCCCAUCCAUUUUGCUUGCAGUCCCUAAAUCAACCCCAGCAUUUAGAUGUGGCCCAAUACACUUUUAUCCCAUUGUGUCGAAAGACCUAACCCUUGCACAACAUUGAAUAGAUCAAGGCAGGGGCAGAGACUGUUAGUCCCUUGUGAAAUGUAUGGACUCUCCUCUACCUACCCGAGAAGGCACAGGGUUGACAUUGUACACCUACAGUAUACGAGCACAGACACAAACACACACACGCACGCGCCAACUCACUCAUAUGCACAAACACGACUCAACACACACGUACAGUACAUUCAAACAAAACAUUUACAAACUCUGUAAUUACAAGUAUUAAACUAUGUUAACAAUAGCUGUGUGUACCACCGUCAGAAUGUGUGUCAUGUUUUAUUUGUGAAAAGAAGAAACUUCUCACUUUUAGAUAAUAUCUGGUUGACGUAAAUCUGUUGUGUUUCAUAUGUAAAGUUUGACAAUGAAAUGGAAGUUUUAGUUUCUAUCUUUGCUCACCCCCCCCCUCCCCCCUCCACCUGUGUUCCUCUUCAUUUACUAGAAGAAAAAAGAUAUUUAAGAUAUUUUAUAAGAAUAUUAUCAUCCAAAAGAGAAAUAAACUUCUAUUAUAAAGUAUGUACAGUUAAUAUUAAAGAUGUUUUAGGAAUUUUAACUAAAUCCAUUCAAUGCCCUGCUAGCUAUCUUUGCACAGCGCUUCAGUUUGAGAAGAAAUAUAAUAUUUUAUAGUCUGUGGCAUCUACACUGUGAUGGAGGCUAUUUGGACUGUGUGCUGCAGGACUCGUAGCUACUGUGUGUGUGCUUCUGUGUGUGUGUGUGUGUGUGUGCGUGUGUGUGUGUGUGUGUGUGUGUGUGUGUGAGAGAGAGCAGGGAGGUCUGUGGGCAUGUCUGAGUGAGUGUGACUGCAUGCACAUCUGUGAGUGUGAUGUGUGCAAUAGUUGGCCUAAAGAACCAAUAUGCCAGCCUGACACGCAACGGUCCUGCUGUUUAGCUAAAUCUGUCUGUCUCCGUCUUUGUCUCCAGCUCUCUCGUUCUGUUUUUCUCUCUUUAACUUCCUUUUUUCGCUUUGUUUUGUUGGGACAUACAGGGUAACAUGAUGGAGAUGGAGUAGUAUGUAUAGUGACUGGUGUGCCUGAGGAGUGAACUCUGGUGGUAAUGGAUUAGUAAAGCCUGUCCCAGCGUCACCUGUGGAUAUGUUCCUGUGUAAAUAGAUAUUCUAUAGAUACCAAACAAUUAUUAAAUAUUGAGGAGGUUUACUUAGAGCAAUUAAUGAGAUUCCUUUAAGAAUAUAUUAACACUUAAUAAAGGUUUUCACUGUA